UGCACGUAGCCCUCAAGUCACAGUCGGAGCGGUCAGUGGGCAGAGAAAUGCUGAAGUAUACGGUUCUAUUCCUCGUUUUGGUAUCCAGCGCAAAGGAGGGCUGGGGCCACGAGGAGUUCACCAUUGAAAUAAAUGACGGUAAUCACAUCGGAGUUGUCCUGAAAUCGGAACCAUUCACCAAAAUCAACGAUGGAUACUACUUCUUUGGGAGGGAGAGAGUGAACUGGUACGUGGCCUACGAGAAAUGCCGGGAGCUGGACGCCGAAUUGGUUACGUUCGAGACAGACGGGGAAUUCGAUGCCAUUGCCCGGUAUCUAAAGGCUAAUGCAGAUCGCGAAAACUACUGGACGUCUGGGAACGAUCUGGGCUGCACGGGAACCCACAAAUGGUUCACCAAUGGCCAGAGGAUCAACAGUCUGAGAUGGGCUCACGACCAACCCGACAACGCGGGGAACAGGGAGCAUUGCAUUCAUUUGGGCUACGUAUAUAAGGACUCCCAGGCCUUCGAACUGAACGAUCGUCCUUGCGCCGGCGACGGAAACAGUCUUUUCAGGUUUGUAUGUGAAGCUCCCAAACUUAAGACAAUAUCGAUUGUUGUGUGGAAAUAGAUCGGAAUAGUUUUGGUUUAGUAAAAUUCGAUAGUUAUAUACUUAAUAAACGGGAGAUCUUUUGUACACUUGAUCUUAAUUGCAAUAUGGUCAUAAAUUAAAUUUUUUGCUAUAAA